UGGGUGUGGCUACAAGAGUAUGCAGUGAGCCAUCCUUUGACCAGACUUCCAGAAAAUCUCCAUUAUCUGAUUCUUUGUUUGAAUUGAAAUUGUUAAUGUUAAUUGUCCCACAGGACAGAUCAACUCCAAUCUCUGCAUCUUCACCAUUGAAAUUCAUCUGCAGAUUCUUAAUAACAGCACAAGUCCUUCUGCUUAGAUAGACUCAACAUCAAUGUCUGUCCAAAAAUUGGCUAUUAUUGGCAAAGAACCUCCAGAAAAUUACUUCCACAAAGGAAGUGAUAGUGGAAUCCUUGAUGCUUCUGUUCCUUUGAUUCAGAUUCCAGUAGUUGAUAUUGGUCUCCUAUCAUCUCCAUCAACGUGGAAAGAGGAUCUUCACAAGCUUCGAUCAGCUCUCAGCUCUUGGGGUUGCUUUCAGGUGAUAAAUCAUGGAAUGACAAGUUUGUUUUUGGACCAAAUGCGCCAAGUUUCCAAGCAAUUUUUCUCAUUACCAAUGGAGGAGAAGCAGAAAUACUCCAGAUAUGGUGACAGCAUUGAAGGGUAUGGCAAUGACAUGGUUAUUUCAGAGAAUCAAACACUUGAUUGGACUGAUAGAUUGUAUCUUACAUUAGCCCCAGAAGACCAGCAAAAGCUCAAGUUUUGGCCUGAAAAUCCUGAACCCUUCAGGAAAAUACUGCAUGAAUUUGCCAUUAAAUCACAGCAGAUAAACGAAAUUCUCCUUAAAGCAAUGGCAAGGUCAUUAAACUUGGAGGAGAAUUGCUUUUUGGAGCAGUAUGGAGAACGACCACUAGUGACUGCUAGAUUUAACUUCUAUCCUCCAUGUCCAAGGCCUGAAAAGAUCCUUGGUGUAAAACCACAUGCAGAUGCAUCAGCACUCACCAUUCUCUUGCCAGACAAAGAAGUGGAAGGUCUUCAGUUCCUGAAAGAAAAGGAAUGGUUUAGAGUUCCUUUAAUUCGACAUGCUCUUCUCAUUAAUGUUGGUGAUCAAGUUGAGAUAAUGAGCAACGGAAUAUUCAAGAGCCCGGUACACAGGGUGGUGACGAACUCGGAAAGGGAGAGGAUUACUGUGGCUGUGUUCUGCAUACCAGAUUCCAAUAGUGAGAUCGAACCGGCGGAUGCGCUGGUAGAUGAAACUAGGCCAAGAUUAUACAAGAAUGUGAAAGAUUAUGUUAGUCUUUACUUCCAGUACUACCAACUAGGGAAGAGACCAAUAGAAGCAGCACUGAUCUAACUAAGCUUCUUCAGACUUCUAAUCCUUUACAGUUUUUGUUUAUGGGUCAGAAGUUCAUGUUGUCAAGAAAUUGCAAACAUGCCAAAUUAGAUGGCUGUAAACUGUGAAGACAGAUCAAACCAACAUGUUAGAAUUUAUAUUAUUG